UGCCGCAUUAACUGAUAUUAAAUCAUUCCUUUUAAAAUGCUACAUCGACUUACGCGAGGUAUUACAGCGAUAAUCUCAUUUAUCGGCAAGGUCCGACCAGUAAUAUUGUGGAUAUCAUCGUCCGAGGCUGUCACCAAUGGACGACAACAACGAAGCCAAAUUGGCGUUCGAGAUCACGAGAAGAAGAAGGAACCAGAGCGUGAGGAACAAACACUAAGGACUAGCAUCGGCAAUCGGUAGACAGAAGUCAAAGCUAGCAGAAGACGAUGUACGCGCUGGACGAACCCCACGACGGUGUUCCUGCAUUACCGGAGGACUCCGCAGCGACGAUGUCGCAGUACCCGCAGGGCGCAGGUUCCAACACCCUGAGCUGCACCUCCCCUACCUUCCCUUUUCCCGUUCCCUCUCCUCCUCCGUACUCCUCCUCGCCUUCUUUCUCCCCUUACGGGUACAUGUCACCCCCGAUGUCUCCCGGGGCCGCCUACUUUCAGGACCCCAACGUUCAGUACUGCCAGGAGUACCCUCGCCGCAACCACGACACCCCCGAUCCCGCCAACAACAACAACAACAGCAGCAACAGCAGCAGCAGCAGCGCGUCGGAGUCCGAACGUCGGAAGAGCGAGAGUUCGUCGUCGUCUCCCUUGUCGGGCGGGUCUCCGUCGAAGGCAACGGGACGACGCCGUCCCUUGUCGCCCUCGCAUCCGCCCGUGGGACCCUGGGUUGCUCCGAUUAGACCGGUCGCGUCUCCCGUGCCCUCUAAGACCGUUGGCUGCGGCUUCGUGACCAUGUCUGUCAUGCUGGUCAUCGGCGGUGUGCUGGGUGGCGUCAUGUUCGGCUCCUACAUGAUGCAAUUCUUUCCCCUUCGUGAACCACCAGACACUCACGGCUUCAGUGGCGACCUCCUCCUGCAGACGGACGAUCACGAAGGCGACUUCAGCCACCGCUUUGGAGUCGUAUCGGUGUCGACAGACGCGCCGCCAAGCGUGACAACGUUGAACGAGCCGACCCAGUCUAUCGCCAUUAACGACACCAACGGCAUCGCGAGCAAUUCGUGAAGCUUACGACGGUGGCUUCUUUACGUGGCCGUUUCGUACGGCCGUCGUUGACUGACGACUGCUAAUUUAAUUUCGACUAACGCUAUUACCUGGACUUUGUCUUUGCAUAUGACCGUGAAAUACAUGAAGUGGAAGGAAUUAUAUUUUCAGUCGAGAGUCGUCACCGUUUAUCCCAGUGCAGUAUCGCAGCGGAGAUUAAGAUUAAAUGGAGAGCCAAUCGA